AUGGCCACCGCCGGAGCUGUAGCUAAAGUUGGAAAAUCAGUGCACCGCAUUUUCGUGGGCAAUCUGCCGUGGACGGUGGGCCAUCAGGAGCUCCGUGGCUACUUUAAGGAGUUCGGACGCGUCAUCUCCGCCAACGUGAUCUUCGACAAGCGUACCGGCUGCUCCAAAGGCUACGGAUUUGUUAGCUUCAAUAGCCUGACAGCGCUGGAGAAGAUCGAGAACGAGCAACGACACAUUCUGGAGGGCAACUAUCUCAACAUACAGAAAUCCUAAAUAGAAAACGGAAAACCCAAUAGGCCCCAGUGGCAUUUCAUCAAAUUAGUUUUAAGUUUCUCUAGAUUUUAUAUCACAACACACAUUACUACAUUUUUUUUUUACUGUAAUGUCCGACAGCGAUUCGGAUCCGGAGGAGGAGCUGUUCUAUCGCGCCACCCAGCACGUGGCUGGGAAUACCUCCUCCCUGGCCUCCGCAGAUCUGCUGGAAUUCUACGGCUACUACAAGCAGGCCAUUGACGGACCCUGUACCGAACCCAGUCCCGGCAUACUACAUCUGAAGGCUCGUAACAAGUGGCUCGUUUGGCAUAAUCUCGGCAAGAUGACGGCCACAGAUGCCCGGCGCGCAUAUGUCCAGAAGUUACAAAAACUACAGCCCAAUUGGCGGAAGAAGGCGGCCCGGACAACUGGCUGGGUGGUGCAUUCGAUUGAGACGGUGCCGCUGGAAGAUCAUCGUCCGGAGAGCGAGAAGACGCUCUUCGAUCAUGUCAAGGAGAACAAUUUGCCGCGUUUGAGGGAGCUUAUGACGCCGUCGGAUAUCCAGGAACUGGACGAGUACGGCAUGGCCCUAAUCCACUGGGCAACGGACCGCAAUGCCGUCGAUAUUAUUGAGUUCCUGGUGAAGAGUGGCGCCAGUGUGAAUCAACGGGACGCGGAACAGCAGACGCCAUUACAUUACGCCGCCAGCUGUGGCCACGUGGAGGCUCUGCGCUGCCUGCUGGACCUCCACGCCAAUCCGACACUGUGCGACUCCGAAGGACAAACCUGCUUGGACGUGGCCGACGAUGAGCAGAUCUGCACUGUGCUCCGCUUAGAGAAGGAACGCUUGCAGGCAGCCGCUUCCUAAUCGCAUCCUCAAAUUUUAGAUCAAUAGAUUCCACUUUGCCCAUCAAGAACCACUGUAAACACUAUGUAUGUUUUAAGAAAUUUUAUGACAAAUUACAAUGUGUAUUAAGGGUA